CGAUCGUCACUGUCUUCGUCAUCAUCUCAGUCCUCGUUCAUACUACUGUCAUCAUCACUCUCGCUCUCGCUCUCGCUCUCGUCCUCUUCAAUCUCAGGCACGGCAAAGCGGUCCGCCAUCGAGACGAACUCACCCGCCUCAUCGACAAAGCCCAGCCCGUCCCACUCGAAGUCACAAUCCCCAUCGCCGAGGUGCUGAAAGCCCUUGACCACGCCCCUCGGGUCGUGCUCCGUCGCUUCGUCAAGCCGUGCCCUGUGGACCACCUCUCGAAGACCCAGCAGCCGAUGCUGCCCACCCUCCUCUCCCCGUAUUGCGAAGCACUGCAGUGGUGGGGCAUGGACCGUCUGGCCUUGCUCCUCGUGCCUCCCACCGACCACCUCUGUGUUGCCGCUGGCGUGAAAGACAGCAGAGGCGACGAAGUGGUCCAUUGCCGUGUGGAUGCGAUGGCCGAGUUUGCUGUGGGACCGCAAUUGGAUCGCGUUGACGGUCUCAUGGGCGGCGGCGGUAUCGAAGCACAAUGCCGCAAUGUGCCAGGCGAUCGCCGCUGCCUCUUGUGGGCCGAAAUGGAGGAGGGAGGGGACGGGAUCAUCAGGGGGGCCGUCAUUGUGAGGCGCGAGGGGCAGCAGAUCGGUGAGCAGAGCGGCCAGCUCACGUUGGGGCCUCAAGGCAGCAUUGACCGUGUUCAUGAGCUCAUGACGGAUACGGUUGAGGACGCGCACAUACUCACGCUUGAUCACCUGGCGCUCACGGUUAGCUCCGCUGAGUGCUGGAUCGCCUUUCCUGGUGGUAGCGAUGGGGGCAGCUGGUAGAGGAACGCCGGCACGCAACAGCAGUCGGAUCCUCUCCUUGGCCGCCUCUGCCCUCCUCUUGUAGCAUUUCUCGAAUUCCUUGCAUUCAAUGCUCGAUCGCACUUGACGAGCAAGCUCUUGAGCACACUCAGCCUCACCACUGAAAUAGCGCAUCAGCUCAGGGCCUCUCCUCACGAGGACACUCGCCGGCAGACGCUUGCACAGGAACUCCAGUAACCAGGGCUCAUGGGCGCCUUCUGCCUGGUCGAUCGGCCUCAGUCCAUUACCCUCUUUGCUGUUGAUUGGGGAGCCGAACUCAUACAAGAGCUCACAGAAACCAACUGAAAAGUCAACCACACGUUCAAUCAGUAACAGUGCUACGUGUAUGUGUCAUUCGCCGGCUCACUUGUGAAGUUCCUGGUGAACGACGCAUGCUCAGCCACUGAGUGAAUGGGCAGCUCUUUGUCACAAAGCUCCUCGGUCGCCAGACUGCUGUCGUGCUCCAGUAGCCGGCGGAUGCAGGGGAGAAGAACGUCGAAGUACUGCUCGUAGACGUCCUCUGGCGGGCAAGGCUUCUGAUCCUUCCCAUCUAUAUCCCAAUCAUCACCGAAGAAGAGGAUGGCGGGGGGAACAGAGGGAGGCUUCCCUCUACUGCCGCCCUUCUGUUCGAACGAGAGACGAACGACACAGGUGCAUGGGUGGAGUUGGCAUCUGUGUUUUGGUGUGUUCACCGAUCGUUUGCCGCUCUUCUUGCUAGGAAUGCGGGACUGGCUGAGAAGGGUGUCGAGGGCAGGGAGGUUCGCUUUGUGGAAGGCCGCCUUAAUCAACUCGUCGCCUCCACGUGCUCCCCCGGCAAGCAAGGCUUGGAGGACCUCCCUUUGUUGCUCGGGAGAUGGCCACAGGGGCAGAAUAAGUGGAAGUCCAACCUUUUCCAUCCUCCUUGUAUGUCCCCAGUUGAGGCCAGGACAUCCACCUAAAGGCAGACAACGAGGCAACCAACACAAGGUACGUGACACAUGUGAUGUAACUGCCUUGUUGGCUUGCCUGUCGGGUCGUCAAUUGCCAACUGAAGCACACCCAACUCCUCCCAUGUGGAACGAGGCCAUCUGUCCCACCAAGGGCGGUGGUUGGGCCGCUUCAUGCCGCUGAGCCUCACUGUCAGCUUCGCAUCCGCCCCCUUCUCGAUGAGCCUCGACACGCCACGCCCCGUGAUGUUGCGCCGCAGAAUCCGACAAACCAAUCGCUCGCUGGCCUCAUUCGUGUCGGCGGGGAAGCUGAUGCCCACCGAGCGGUCGUUGAGUACCACUUGACGCUCGUCAUCAACAGCACCAGCCUCUGAUGAGUUGCUGCUUGGCGCGCCCGCAUCCCCUUCCAAAAAGUUCUCGACAGAAAGACGGUACCGAAGCCUCUUCCGUUUGCCUUCUUCGUCGGGCGGGAAGUCAGCGAUACGCUUGCGAGGGGGAGGUCGCUCGUGCGGGGGAGGCGCUGGCACGUCCCGGCCGCUCCUCGUGUGCACCAUGACGGAUCCAACAGAUGCGAUGAAUCAGAGAGAGCGAUGGAUCAGUCUCUGCCGAAUAGGGAAGCGACGCAGAGACGCAC